UUUUUAUCACUCCUUUGUCUUCCAGUCCGCCUCCUCCAUCACAUCACUUAUCACCGCAUUGCAACGACCUCUCUUUGAGCCGAUUGCUACCCUCGAGCUCACAUCUUCAUAUAUCCUCCCGCGGCUCUGGGUCGGCAGUGCCGAACGAGACACCAUGAGUAUCUCCGCGCGCUUGCUGCGCCUGGCACGGCCCAAGCGAUUCCUGUACUCGAUGAGCCUGUCGACAGGAGCCAGCUUGAUCACGCUUUCCCUACUUCUCAACAAACUCGCCGGUCUCUACGGUAUCCUUGCACUUUUGACGGGUUAUGAACUAUCGCCGUUCCAGCUGAGCAUGUACAUUUAUUCCCUCAUCGCCUUAGUCCUGACCGCCUACCUUUCGCCGCACAUUCGAAAGCAGUCGCCCUUGCAAUGUCUAGCGCUAGCUUGGUUCUACAUCCUCGAUAGCAUAAUCAACAUGGCGUACACAGCGGCCUUUGCCUUGACGUGGUUUUUGGUCCUGGCGCAACACGAUGGUGGUCCGUCGGACAAGGCAGGCCCUGGGGCAGCUACAAUGGAGGGAGCGAGCGGCUUCACCGACCCGAAAUACAAUGUCAGCCGGGUCGAGGUCGUGGCUAAACCUCAGUCCGGAAUUACCGGUGGACAAGAUGCCGUUGCGGCUGGAGUGCCUGCAGCGGGACCAGCGGGAAGCGGGAGCAAUGGCGCAUUGCAACAGGCGGUCAUGGGCACGGAAAACAUGAACAGCAUCGGCAUCAUGAUCACGCUCUGGACCAUCCGGGCGUACUUCUGCCUGAUCAUGCUCGCCUUCGCCCGCAUGGUUAUCCGUCAACACAUCGCCGCCAACGGUCUCAAGUCCUCCAGCAACAACACAUAUACUUCCGCGUCGCCAGACUCGAGUCUUGCGGAGAAUCCCUUCUCCGAGUCCAAGCCCGAAGGACGUGGCUGGAGCGGGAAACUGGGUCGGAUCAUGAUCAGCAUUGGACGCAGUUACUGGCUAGGAAGCGAUGACGACGACAGCUGGAUGUACAACAUGAAGUUUCGCAAGAGUACGGAACUGGGAACUAUGCUCAACAAGAUCGAGUCUGGACCGACCGAGAGGGAACGCCGCAGAAGAUCCGGAACCGGUCCGCCUGCUCUAGCUACGGGCGUGGUAUCGGCCAAAGAAGGUGGUGGUAUGACCUUACAAGUACCGACUCAGAAUUUCUGAGCUCGUGAAUCGUGUGAGUUGGUAAAGGAUUGUACUCUUCUGUUGGGGGAUGUAAUACUACCAAAGAGAAAGAGAGGGCCAAGGAGCCAUUCCUAUAUUACCAAGGACGGAUUCUCGGGCACAGCCAGGGGCGUUUGUGUUGUACACUACCUGUUUUAGGCGUAAGGUGGUCGAUAUUAUAUAGGUAAUGAUGGUUGCUGUCUAUCUCUGGAAUCUAACAGGGCACAAGGCGGAGAGCGUUGUCGCCAGGGAAUCAGUCAAUAUACAAAUACUUCAUGCACUCCUGACAGGAUAAUCUUAUAAGCACAUCAUUGGGUAGUACUAUACCACGUUCUUUUAGCAGAGUAAUGGUCAAG